AACGGCGCCAAAACAUGGCGUAUACGAAAACACUGAAAGCUCUAGAUGUUUUGGAAACUUCACUGUCAUGCACGCAAUGCAAGAAACUUCAUCCCACACUGUGUACUCUAGGUGCUUGCGAUCACUUAUUUUGUCGUGACUGCUGCAGUUCCUUCCUGGGUGCAGUUUGUCCUGCAUGUCAGAUACCUGCCCAUGUGAAGGAUGCCCAGGUGAACAGACAGCUGUCAAACCUCGUCAGUCUCUGUAAGGAGCUGGGGCGGAUUCUCACCUGUAAUCAAGACAAGACAGAAUGGGGUGCCAUUACACGAGAUGCAGACCAGUCAAUUCAAGAUCUGCAAGAGAGCACUCCACAGUCUGGGCAGCUGCGUCACACGUCUAACACAACAGACACAAUAUCAGACAGACAGACUGUUGGCGAUAGUGGUAUUAGUAGCUGCAGUGUGUCGGUCAACAAUGUCAAGGUCACGGCAGGUCAGGGGGAUCAGACACAAGGUGACGGGGCUGGAUCUCACGUUGGGAGGAGCCUGAGAAGGAAGAAACCGACAUCUAAACCAACCAGAUUACGACAGUCUGUGGAAACAGAACAGAAGGAUGAAGAUGGAAGCAGAGGGGUUGGGUCAGGUCGCAGCAGGUCAAGGAGAGGUCAGAGGAAGACGCAAGAUGCACCUAUGGAAGAUGAUGGAGGAGGGAAGAUGACAGAUGAAGGGCCUGAAAGGAGGAUGGGUGAUUCCCGGAGUGUUUCUAGAAGCAGACGUGGGAGUAGAAAUGUUUGCGAAAAGGAGUUGCAGACGACCUUGACCCAGUUACAUGAUGAUGAAGCUGCAGAUGAUAAUGGAGGUUCUCCUGACGCUGGGGAGGCUGGGCGGAGUCGGAAAAGAGGACGGCCAGGGAAAGGUGUCCAAACACCAGGCAAGGAAGGCAGUAGGAGAAGCAGCAGCAGACAGACAAAGGUAAAACCUGCAGAUCAGUCAACAAUGACUCAAUUCUUUGACUAUGAUGAUGAUGAUGACGACGAGUUGCCACUAUUAGACAUGCCAGAUGAUACUGACAGCAAUGUUACAACCAAAAGUAACCCAGGUAAAAUUAGCCGCGGAGCCAGAUCGGUAUCGAAGGAAACAAGAAAUGGACAUGGAAGACCUAAGAAGCAGGCCUUGUCUAAUACAAGCACACCAUCCAGUUCAGGUUCAUCAGGCCAGUCUGCAGAUCAGAGGAAGAAGGGGAGGAAGUGUGUAAAGAGCAAGGAGAAGACCUCGCCUGUGUUCCGGGGGAGCCCGAGGAAGAACGGAAGGAGGGACGUGGAUGUUAGCAUCGUGGAGUCAAGCACGGGACACAUCAAGCGUAAUGCCAGGGGGGAGACUCAACUGCAUGUUGCAGCCAUCAAGGGAGAUGCAGACAGAGUGAUGGCAUUGCUUGAGUCUGGUGCCGGCCCCAAUGUUCGUGACAAUGCAGGGUGGACUCCACUGCAUGAAUGUUGUAACCACGGCCAUGCUGCUAUUGCUGAGAUCUUGCUGAAUCACGGGGCGAUGAUCAAUAUCCCCGGCAUGGAUAACGACACCCCACUGCACGAUGCCGUGACCAACUACAGACUCGUCGUGGUGAAGCUGCUUGUGUCCAGAGGGGCUGCCACAAGUACCAGGAACAUGAAGGGACAGACACCACUGGACUUGGCCCUAACUGAUGAGAUGAGACAAGCCCUGAACACACCAGUGUCAGCAGGACCAAGACAGGCGGAUGUUUCUAUGACUGAACAGGAAUAUCUGCCUCUGUGCUUCCUGGGUACGGCACUGUCGAGGGACCAAGGCAGGACACUUCACAAGUGUGCAUCUAUGCUCCACGCUAAGGUCGUAGAGCGUUUUGUACCAGAAGUGACACACGUGAUCACAUCGUGUAACCAGCAGGGCCAGUGUCCCCGGACACUCAAGUUCCUGAAUGCUGUGCUCGGUGGCAAGUGGAUCCUCUCCAUAGAGUGGCUGGACCUGUGUCUGGAGUACAGGCAGAAGGUGUGUGAGGAGGCCUUCGAGGUCCCGGGACCCAGCACCAACCCAGACUCGCACGCUGCAACCAAGGGCAGGCUGAACAGGAGACAGCAGCUGCCUGGCUUAUUUGAUGGGUGUCAGUUCUACUUCUACGGAACCUUCCACGAGCCCACUCCCCAGAAGGAGGACCUUCAGACCCUGGUCAAGAGUGCUGGUGGGAAGAUCUUCUCCCGGGAACCCAAACUGCAGAAUAUCGAUGACUACGACCAAACGGUGCCCUACCAUGCAGAGGCCACCAGUGCCUUGAAGGACUGCAGUGUGUUCAUCAUUCAUGACAAGAGGGUGUCUUACCCUGCCAUCCAGUCAUCGCGGAUGUGUGUGCUGCCUGCCAACUGGAUAAUGGACUCCAUAGCUUCAUUCCGACUCUGUGAUCCACCGACCACGGGAAGAACAUAGCACCAUAAACAGAUAUAAAUGCAUCAUUAAUUCACCUGGCAGACAGCAGACCGGCCUGUUUCAACCUUGAUUAAUUUAUGGAGUGCCACUAGAGUGCAACCUGGUUUUGUGUGGUGCAACUUGGUUUUCAUACUGUGUGGUCAGGCUUGUUGACUUGGUUUAUACAUGUCAUCGAUCCCAAGUGCGUGGAUCGAUGCACAUGAUAUCAAUCACUGGAUUGUCUGGUCCAGACUUGAUUAUUUUCAGACCGCCGUCAUAUUGAUAAAGUAUUGCUGAGUAUGGCGUUAAACAACAAAUAUUUAUCAUUAGCUUCCUAUCAUGAUUUCUAAGUGUGCCCCAUCUUCUCCAAAUCCAGUUUCCUUGUAAUCACAUCAACUUUUCAUAAUGUUUGAUGCUUAUUGACAGUAUGUUUCGUACUACUCAUAAUAUCUGGACUUCUUUACUUAAGGAGUUACACCUAGCCUUUGAAAACUUGGAGUCACAGGCACAAUUUAGAGAGCAGUGUUUGGUUGUUGUUGUAAAAGUGGCGUUAAACCAUACUCACUCUCUCACCAUAAGUCCUUAGACAAACAAACUCUCCUAGAACCUAGUUAUGUUACGUACACUGUCUAUAUUGAACAUGUGAACUUACCUGAGUAUAGUUGUCGAGGACAAUCUUUUGUUUGACAAAAACAGGGAAUUGAAAAAUUCACAUUUUAUUUACAAGUUUCAUAAAUAAAUAUGUUCACAUAUAUAUUAAUAGGGAAGUCAUGAAAUCAAUCAUUCUUUCAUAGCAAAAUGUUUGUAUGCAUUAUCAAUGUAAAUGUGGACAGUUUUGCAACACUGUAUUUGCUAUAUUCUAUGCAGUCCAUAAACCAAGUAUUAAAAGGAUUGGUGUAGGUCUUUGCCUUGUCAUUCACAUGGAAUCUUGAUCAAGUCGGAGAGCGGAAGGUCAGGCUUGAUCCCUGGCCGCGUCAUUAAGGACUGGACGUUUCUGAGUUGGGUAUUCAUACCGCAGCAAAUCAUUGGUCCGGACUACUACAAGCAGCCGGAUGACGGACACAAUCUCGAACUCGCUUUCACCUCAAUAAAUUUCCAUCAAAUGAGUUGGUGUGCAUAAUUUCAAUUUUCUCAGGGAGCAGAUUUUACAGUAUCGCUCACCUGGCUAUUUAUGCAUGACAUUUGCAUGUAUAAUACUGCAAAUAUUUCGUGGAUGGCAAAUCUGACAGCAUGAAUGUGUACUUCUCUAGAUGGAAACGGUUCAAGAUUUGUUACAUUUGUAUGUUAUGAUCCAGGAUCUAAGUUUAAAGAGGCAUGGCUGGAUCCCCAAGGCAAAUGCUAUUAUUCUCUUCAUAACAAACAAACUUUAUUAUUGGGCUGGGAUAAUAUUGGUUUGCAUGUCAGCCCCUCCAAUUUGAAUCCCCCCACCAAAUAUGGUUGAUAUCUAUCUCUUAGUUCCAGAGAAGAUGUUUAAAGCAAAAUUACCCCUAUUUCGCCCAGCCCAUCCAUUUGUACAAUUUUGAAUCAAUCAUUUUUGGUUGGAAGCAUUCUCCGGUGGUGAUAUCUUUCUCUUAAUUCCAAAGAAAAAGUUGUUUAAAGCAAUAUAGCCAAAUUACCCCUAUUUGGCCCUGGCCCUCAGUCCCCUGGGGCGUUAGCACUACCGUUUGAACAAUUUUGAAUCCCCACCACCUAGGGAUGCUUCCAGUCAAAUUACGCUAAUUUCCUAUUAGUGGUUCAGAAGAA